AUGGCCGAAAAACCACCCAAGACCUUUCGCUCGCUCAACCGGUUUAUCACCACACACAAUGCCGCAGGCGAAGCAAUCUUCUCCGAUACGCUCUCAGAGACUAUGCCAGUCCAGUCUAUGGCGGAUGGUGCCGAUUUCAGUCUGGCAUAUACAUCCUCUCAUUUCCCAGCUCAGUUAAACGAUGAUGCCGACAUCAAAGAAUACAACGAUUAUCUCACCAGUCCUCCUGGCAUCACCAUCUCCUCUGGUAACGUGUGCAGAAUUGUCGACAUACAACCUGGUGCUCUGAGUCCGAUGCAUCGCACUGUCUCCCUGGACUAUGGUGUUGUGCUUGAGGGUGAGGUCGAGCUUGUUCUGGAUUCGGGCGAGACGAGAGUAUUGAAACGGGGUGAUGUCGCUGUACAGCGGGGUACAAAUCAUGCCUGGCGAAACGUUACUCCUGAUAUUGUGGAUCCAAGCACGGGCGUUAAGACACCUCAAUGGGCGCGGAUGCUGUAUGUCCUUUCUCCAGCACAGGAGAUGUUCAUUGGGGAUAAGAAGUUGGGAGAGGUGGUCGACGGAAUUGGAGUCCGGGCCAGCACCUAA